AUGCGCUCACGGAGAGAAAAGUUUUCAUCGACCCUUAAGGUCGUCCUCACACACCGUCGUCCUCACACACCGUCGUUCACUCUCCGCUUCGCAGCGCGUCCGCCCGUGGGUGAGUACGCUGUGGACCUUUACAUGGCAAACUCAGUGCGGAAUCUGGUAGCUACCAGAUAG